AUGGCCCUGUUUAAGAUAUUAGUUGUCAGUUGCGCACUGUUUGCCAUAAUCGAGUGCGCUGUGUUGGCACCCGCUCCGCUGGCGGCAGUUCCAGUGCCCGUGAACACGGAGAUUGAUCCGCAUCCACAGUACGCCUUCGCGUAUAAUGUUCAGGAUGCGCUCACCGGCGACAGCAAAAGCCAACAGGAAGUACGAGAUGGCGAUAUAGUCAAGGGUUCCUAUUCUGUUGUAGAUGCCGAUGGCUCAUUGCGUACUGUCUUCUACACCGCCGAUCCGAUUAACGGCUUCAAUGCGGUUGUGCAGCGCGGACCAGUGCCUGUGGUUGCACCACGGCCGGCUGUGGCCGCUGUGCCCGCACCGCCGCUAAUUGGCCGUGUUUUCUAG